AUGGUCUCCCAGAAGAACGGGGACAUCCGCAGCUUCUUUGCAGGCUCUCAGGCAUCAAAGCCGCCAGCCUCGCCGACGCGGAGCUCCCAGAACCGAGCGUUGGCGCCAGAAACCCCGUCUAAGCGGAGUCCUUCUGACGACGAGUUUUCCGACUCGGACGAUGACUCGCUGCCGGACAUACUGAUGCGCAACAGCGGCCCGACCGUGCCACGGCAAACAAGGCCAGCAGGAGCGGGAGCAGCGGGAGCAGCGGGAGCAGCGCCGUCUGCCCCGCUCACCCUGCUCGCGACGCCCCGCGCGAAGCGGACCGCCGCAGCGCAUGAAUUCCACUCAUCGCCGCUCACCAUCCAGAGCAAGAAGCAGAAGCAGGACAUGCAGGCCCUGCUGGAGUUCGCGCGCAAGGACGAGGAGACUAGGGCGUCUGCUCAGCGCUUCUCCGCGAUGCUGGAGCAGGAGGCCGAGAUGCAGCGUGGGAGUGCUGUUCCAGGGGAGGGUGAGGAGGAGCACGGCCAAGAGGGCAGAGCGGCGGCUGCGCUUAAGGAGCACAUACUUGAGGCGGCCACAGCUGCUGCGAACGACGAGGGAGCGGACGAGGAUGGGACUGAGACCAAGAUGCGGGUCGUGAGAGCCCUGCAGCGCGCGGAGGUCGGCGGUGCGAGGAAGGCGUACUACUUCUUCGAGCAGGAUGAGCCUGAAGCAGACGUGGUGGGCAGGAAGUUCCCUAGGGCCAAGGCGAAGGGACCGUGGGCUGUGCUUGAUGAUACCCAGGAUCGCGGGAGGCACUUCGCGAGCGGCUUUCCCUACGACAUACAGAAGAAGCUGAGGAACCUUCCGGAUGAGAUAUUCCUCUGGAUCCUGGACGAAGUCUGCUCUGAGAGGCGGAAGGCCUUGCAGACUGAGUAUGUCAAGUUGUUGAGCAUCUGCACCGAUCAGACGACCCGCAUUGUCACGCCAGCACUUCUGCAGAAGUUGUUCAGACAGCUCGGCGCAACGAAAGACGUCGACAAUCUUAUGGGCCCCAUUACUUUGAGGGAGGAAAUUCGGCAUCCAUAUCCAAGUCGGGACUGGUCAUGCGUCGAAAGCAUGCUCGACUUAGUAGGGGCAAUGGCAUGUCAUCUCACUCCAGCCGCUCGCUCCACGGCGAUGCAGAUCCUUCUGCGCCUGGGAAUGGACAGCUUAGCCGCGGAGAACUUCGGAUUCACUCAGAGGUGGCGGCAGGUGGUGGAUCUCGUCGCCCGCAGUGUGCCUGACGCGGACUGGACCUCAUUCUGCCAGGAGGCCUGCCACUCACUUUACCAGAGCUCCCCGAGGGCCACGACGCGGCUGCGGGCCGUGGCUCUCCUAGGCCCUGCCGCUCCGGCCAGGGCCUACACCAUAGCUUUUCAGACGCGCACCCUCGACCUCAAGCGGCGGCUGGCGUCCGUGUUCUUCUUCGACGACCUCCACCGCGCGGACAAGCGACCCGAGGACACGGUCAACAUCCGCGCCGUCAUCGACCGGCUGGAGGAGGCGGACGAGUUCCAGAUCAACCAGGACACGGACUACCACGAGUUCGAGGCGCUAAUGAUGAUGCUCAACGCCGCGCUGGGCGACGCGUCGAGGCAGGACGACCGGGCCGAGAGGUCGGCCGUCAGCUUCGACGCUGAGGUCGACGAGCUGGCCGAGGGCCUCAAGAGCAUGCUGACGCGGGUGGCGCCGCUCAACCGGGGCCUUCACGUGUCUAGGAUAGAGGCCAAGAAUGCGAUGGAGCUGAUACGCGAGAGGCUCCUGUACCAGGUCAGGAUCAAGGCGGUUCCGAAGAAAAAUAUCUUCGGGUUGCAGGACGACGCGGAGGAGGACGCGUCUCUGCCGAAGCAGAGGGAUUUCAUGAAGGGGUUCCUCAAGAAGAACAACAGAGGGCCGGGUGUCAAAAUAGAAACCACGGACACGGUGAUGGCUGGGUGA